GGCCGGGGAGGAGCCGGGGCCUGCAGCGGAGCCGAGCCGAGCCCGAGCCGAGCCCUGACACUGUCCGUCUGCCUUCUGGCUCUUUGGGAGCCCGGACUGGCCGGAGCCCCAGAGGUGGCAGCGCGGGGAGCCCCACGCGCGAAGGGAGCGGACCGGACCGGACGGGACUAGAGGAGGCGCUGCCGCCACAGUAGCCACUGACGGGAGUCCGGAGCCGCGGCCUCUCGGACCCUGCUGCCCAGGCGGGCCCAGGGAGAGCGGGGAGUACGAAAACCCCACCCUCUGGGGCACCCCGGGAGCGGAGGCAGGAGUGGGGACCGGAGCCGCCUUUGCCUGUGCAAGAGAAGACCCUUACCACCCGGGCGAGGGAAAGAAGAGACCCUUAUAGGGGACGAGCCUCUCCUUCCUGGAGACGAGGAAAUCCCUACACUGGCCCGGGAAUAGACCUCCAGAAGUAGAAGGGGGCGAUCCUUACUAAAGGAAGCAGAGUGAGACGGCCCCGGCGUGUCUCCACCCCUCCAAACACACUCUCAACACUUCGGGACUUUUGAGGCAAAGAGAAAGGGAGUAUGCCGAUGGAGUAGGCACUCUCCAUCACCUCCAGUAACCACAGGGGAGAGGAGUCUUACAUUCAGAAGCAGAGGACACGCCAGGCAAAGAAGAGGAAUCGGCUUUCAGCCUUUCGGGAGAGGGGACGAACUCUCCCCUCAACUUCCUUGUACCUAGACAGUGGAACAGGGCAGAACCCCUGCGCUCAGAUCUCCAUCGGGCAGAGAGAGCACUCCACUCCCGAAAGAUCCGGUUUGGGGGGGAGGGGGACUCCCCCAAGGGGGAGGAGACCGCUCCUGGUUUGGAGAGCCUCCUCCCCUCCUCCCCAGGGUAUCAGGCAGAGUGUGGGGGGUGUGCCACCUUCCCCAAGUAGGACCUCCUUCUCCACCUCCCCCCACUCCACCUCCCUGUGCACCUCAUCCUCAGGGGACCCAGUUCCCCUCCCCAGCUUGGGAGGCUCAGCCAAGCCCAGGAAGAGCCACUGAGGAUGAGACUCUUCAUCUGCCUUUGAAGAGGGGAAUCCCUCCAACCCCAAACUCCAGUACCAGGGGGUUCCCUCCCUUUGCUGGGGGAACCUUGGAGACAGUACUGUAGUCUUCAUUAGACGUCCUGUGGAUGUGAUGGAGCCUGUCCUUUGGCUGCCUUUCCCAGUUUCUAUGGGUAUUUCCUUUCAGUCUUCCAGCACACAGAGAAGAAUGUGGCCUGACUCAGGUUCUGCCCAAGCCCAGUGGCACGAGGCCCACCUGGAGAGGUCUGGGUAACUAGAACCCAGAAGAACCAUGGCUUCUGACCUAGAGAGUAGCCUCACCUCCAUAGACUGGCUCCCCCAGCUGACCCUCCGAGCUACCAUUGAAAAGCUGGGGAGUGCCUCCCAGGCUGGGCCUCCAGGGGGCAGCCGCAAGUGUCCACCAGGCUCACCCACAGAUCCUAAUGCCACCCUGAGCAAAGAUGAGGCAGCAGUCCACCAGGAUGGCAAACCACGAUACAGCUAUGCCACCCUCAUCACCUAUGCCAUCAAUUCCUCACCAGCCAAGAAGAUGACCCUGAGUGAGAUUUAUCGCUGGAUCUGUGAUAACUUCCCCUAUUACAAGAAUGCUGGCAUUGGUUGGAAGAAUUCAAUUCGGCACAAUCUUUCUCUCAACAAGUGUUUCCGGAAGGUGCCCAGACCGCGGGAUGACCCUGGGAAGGGCUCUUAUUGGACAAUUGACACCUGUCCUGACAUCUCCCGAAAGAGAAGACACCCUCCAGAUGACGAUCUAUCCCAAGACUCACCAGAACAGGAGGCAAGCAAGAGCCCCCGGGGAGGUGUUCCAGGGAGUGGAGAAGCCUCACUGCCUCCUGAGGGGAAUCCUCAGAUGUCACUUCAGAGCCCCACAUCUAUCACCAGCUACAACCAGGGCACAGGAUCUGCGGAUGGUGGAGCAGUGGCUGCAGGGGCUCCAGGUCGCGAAAGCACUGAGGGUCCCCCUCCCUUGUAUAACACCAACCAUGACUUCAAAUUCUCCUACUCAGAGAUCAAUUUUCAGGAUCUGAGCUGGUCCUUCCGCAACCUCUACAAAUCCAUGCUGGAGAAGUCCUCUUCUUCCUCCCAGCACGGCUUCUCGUCUCUCCUGGGGGACAUGCCGCCCUCUAACAACUACUACAUGUACCAGCAGCAGCAGCCACCACCGCCACAGCAGCCGCCGGCACCGCCACAGCCCCAGCAGUCACAGCCACAGCAGCAGCAGGCACCAGCCCAGGGCCCCUCAGCUGUCGGGGGUGCGCCUCCACUGCACACCCCAAGCCCAGAUGGUUGUACCCCACCAGGGGGCAAGCAAACAGGGGCCGAAGGCUAUGGGCCUCCCUCUGUGAUGGCCAUGCACCCACCCCCACUGCAGCAUGGAGGCUACCACCCUCAUCAGCACCAUCCCCACUCCCACCCUGCCCAGCAGCCGCCGCCACCACAGCCACAGGCACCAGGCCAGGCUCCUAUCAACAGUACUGGUUUUGCUUUUCCUCCUGACUGGUGCUCCAGUAUCGACUCCUUAAAGGAAAGUUUCAAGAUGGUGAAUAGGCUCAACUGGUCCAGCAUUGAGCAGUCACAGUUCUCAGAACUGAUGGAGAGUCUGCGACAGGCAGAGCAGAAGAACUGGAGCCUCGACCAGCAUCACAUUGCCAAUCUGUGCGACUCCCUCAACCACUUCCUUACUCAGACUGGUCAUGUGCCCCCCCAGGGGGGCUCCCAUCGGCCGCCAGCCCCUGCCCGUAUUGCUGACUCCUGUGCCCUCACCAGUGGCAAACAAGAGCCAGCCCUGAACCAAGUGAACUCUUAUGGGCACCCACAAGCCCCCCACCUCUACCCUGGCCCAUCACCAUUGUACCCAAUUCCCACCCAGGACUCAGCAGGAUACAAUCGCCCAGGACACCAUAUGGUCCCUCGGCCACCGGUUCCACCUCCUGGUGCCAAUGAGGAGAUCCCUGAUGACUUCGACUGGGACUUGAUCACUUAGUGCAUCAUAGAGUGUGGCUGUCAGCCCAGGGCUAGGUGGUGAAGUCUGGCAGUGGGCAAAGAGUAGCCCCAGCCCAUCCCUUCCCCCCCUUGCCUGUAUAUAGAUAUAUAUCCUCUUUUUUUUUUUCUUUUCUUUGUCAGAGAAGCCACCGCAAGAUGCUGCCGAAGAUAACCCCUUUCCUGCCUCAUUCUUCCUUUCCCUUCUUGUUUUUUCCCCCUAAUCGUUUUAUCAUUAUUCUUAUAAUAUUAUUAUUAUUAUUGGUUAUAUGCUGUCCCCAGUCUCCUGUCCCUACACUAUUGACCAUGUCCACCCCUUGCUAAUUUAAAAUCAUCUGGCUAGAAGGUGAGGCCAUGGUAGUUACAGAGAAAGGUUUCAAAUGGAUUUACCUGUCUCUCUGAGAAGGUCAAUGCUAAUCCCACCUUUUGGCCCUAAAUUGUUCUCUGUUCUUAUCAAUUCAGUCCAGGACUGGAUCGGCCACAUUAUCAAGUAGAAGGGAUCUCAAACACUGCUUGGCAGCCAUGACUUUGCAGGUUUUACUCAAUGGUGCUAAUUUUGUCCUCUGAGCUCUUCCUUGUUCCUUCAUAUCUUUAAACCUUACUUCUGCCAAUCCUCAUUCCCCAUCAAGGGUAAGAGUGAUGGUGGUGGUGCCGGAGGGCGACAAUAAAAUCCUAGUGAAAUAAGAGGCCUGAGUUGAGUCGAGUAGAAUAUUGCAGAGAGGUGAUGGAAUGAAAUUGGGUUUAUAAUACUAUGUCAAAUAAACGUCCAUUGACUUACUCCUAGCCCAUUCUCUAUGGAAGACAGAGUGGGUCUGAACCAGUACUCUGCUGCUACGGUAGGGAUGAGGACAGCUAUUCAUUAUAGGGCCAGCUUUUUGGAGAUGUUUUCAAUUUUACCAUUUUGCCUUUUUAAACAUAAUUUUCUCUGAUAAUUAGCUGUGGCUCUUAUUUGCAUUUACAAAUUGUCCUUCAACCCCCUUUUCCCAUUCAGCAAAUAUUAUUUUGGUUGUUUGCUCAGCUCUUCUACCGACUUGAUUUCCUUCCCCCAUUUUCUGGCAUUCUCAAGAUAGACAAGUAGCCCAUUAUCACUCUUACUUUCCUCAUGUCCUAGGACAGGAUGGGAAUCUCUUUCCCACCUACCAGCAGAACAAAAGCUAGUUGGUGGUAAGAGGGUGGGAGAAGGAAAAGGGAGCUGGUAUAGAUACGGGUAGGGAAUAUUUCAGUUGUUUAACUACAUAGGCAAAUGCUUCUCUUGGAAUCCAGAUCAUUGGGGCUGAAGCUUUUGCAAUAGGCUAUUGAGGGGUGAAGGAAAUUGGUAGUGUGGAGUGUAUAAUCUAGAGGGAAGAGUUCAAUGAGGGCCCAGGGAGACCCCCCCCCACCGAGAAAAAGGUAUAGGGAUAACUUAUCUCCUUUAAGAAGUGGCCAUGAUUUAUUGCUGCAAAGUACUUAGUGUAUAUUUAAUGUUAAUUUUUGAAUUUUAAUUAUGGGAGGGAAGAACAAUUUUACUUCUGUUGCUAUUUUACUGAAUGUUUACUUUCUGAAAGCUGUAGGACAAAAUGUAUGGAAUGGACAAGGCCACUCUCUCAGUGAUUUUUGCUUUUCAUAUUCUUUUAUUUACUGACGAUUUCCAAGAGAUUUAGCUUUCCACUCGCCUGCUUUUUCUCCUCAUCCACCCCUUCCUUUCUUUGUAAGGGGCUUAUUAUAUAUGAAAGUUUGUUGAAGAAGUCCAGUGAGGCUGAAGUAAAGGGGCAAGAAAGGGCGGUUGACUAAAGAGCACUUUAUUUCUUUGAAGUUCUUUGUAUUAGAUGGGGGUAUGAGUGGCUUGAAUUCCCCAUUGUGUUGGAGGGCAAUAGUGGGGGUGAAGUAUGACAUAAUAUUUCCCAUUGGGGAAAGGAAAAUUUCUCUUAGAGGGUGGCAAAAUGCCUUUUGCCCAGUGUUCCUAUUUUAUGCAUCUCUUCCUUAUUCCUUCCAAUCAAGGUGCCUCCUGCACACAACUUCCCAUAUGUUCUCCCUAAGAUGCCUCCUUUACAUAUUAUCACUCCCCUUUUCUAACCCCUUUUCUACUCAGAUCCAGACAGGGUUUUCAAAGGUAGACUAAAUCAUACAUGUAAAUGUCCCUUGUUUAUAAUUCAUCUGUGUCUUAAGAAAACUCGUCUCAUUAAGAACUCUGGCGGGCAGCCAGACUAACUAAAAUUUGGGGCUAAGGUUGGAGAUUGGCCAUCAGGCCUCCUGGGAUUUUAGCUCCCCUCCACUAAACUCAGCCUUGUUCAGUGGCACAAACUUGACCCUCUUUGGGCCUCAGUCCCCCCCCGCCCCCCAUGAAAUAGAAGAAUACUACUUUUUCUUGUUGGUUCAGCAUUGCUGGACUUGAAGUAUAGUCGUCGUUGUAUUGGGUGAUGUGUGCAAAACUGCAGGAAUUCACUGCCUGCAAGCGGGCAUAAGGGAGAAAGUGGAGGAGAAGGACAGAGGAACAAUUACUUGGUAUAGAUCCACCCAUCCCUGCUUUCCUCUCUUCAACCCCUAUGUUUCUGGUUUGGUGAGUCUCUCAUACCACCCAUAAUGCUUUGCAUUGGUGCAGGCUGGGAAGGGGGGUAUGGUCUCACAAGUUGUUGUUGUUUUUUGCAUGCUUUCUUAAUAAAAACAAAAAAGAAUGUUUAUGGUUUUAUCUUA